ACACAGUCAAGCGUGGCUGCGGCUCCUCCCCCUCGCAAGCUAGUAGAGUCGUCCGCUGUUGCUAACAAAACCAGGGAAAUAAAGCAGCAAUGCGGCCUCUUUCAUCGUCAUUUGUAGCUUCUUAGUUUAGGUAACGUAACGGCAGUAACGCGGAGGCUUUCAUCGACCUUUCUCUCGGUAGCAAGUCGGUUGCGGGCGGCGCGCGUUGGAACAGUCACAAGUUACGAGUCAAGUUAACAUCUGACAGCUAACCGUUGACGCUAACUAGCUUGUGACAGUGCUCGUCGACGUCAUUUUCAAAACAAAUCUUGCCAAAGCGAGUGGUCGAGGUUGGAUUGUCACCAUUCUCCACAAGUGCUGUUUUUUUAUUUCCUCCUUUCCUUCAACGUUAACCGGCAAAUAACGCCAUACUGCUGACUGGUGGACUAAGUUUUUGUGUUUGUAUCUUAGAGAAAGCAGGUUCUGUUUGGGCUCUGCUGUUUUCGUAAGCUUUAUUAAGUUGGUGUUGAGCUAGAGUGCUCAGCUGGUUAUAAAAAAGACAAGUUCUUCCCAAUAUUGGAUUUUAAAUGUCCGAAAAGAGCUCAGCGUCCGGUUCAGACGAAGAUGUGGAACCAGAAUCCUCACAACCUGUGGAGUUCGGAGGCGUGUUGAGUAAGUGGACCAAUUACAUACACGGAUGGCAGGACCGAUGGGUCGUGUUGAAGAACAACACUUUGAGCUAUUACAAGUCAGAGGAUGAACGGGAAUAUGGCUGCAGGGGCUCUUUGUGCCUCAGUAAGGCUGUCAUCACACCCCAUGAGUUUGACGAGUGUCGAUUUGACAUCAGUGUUAACGACAGCGUGUGGUACCUCCGAGCUGAAGAUCCCGAGCACAGACUCCAGUGGAUCGAGUCCAUUGAGUUGCACAAGGCGGAGUCUGGGUAUGGCUCAGAAUCUAGUCUGAGGCGUCAUGGCUCCAUGUUGUCUCUCACCUCAGCAGCCAGUGCCUUGUCUGCCACAUCCACAUCCUCUUUCAAGAAGGGACACAGGCUGUGUGAGAAAUUAGCAGAAAUGGAGACCUUCCGGGACAUUCUUUGCAGACAAGUGGACACGCUGCAGAAAUAUUUUGACUCCUGCGCUGAUGCGGUCUCCAAAGAUGAGUUUCACAGGGACAGAGUGGAGGAGGACGAAGACGACUUCACUGCAGCCUCAAGGCCAGACGGUGAAUGUUGUUACAAUAACGGAAGCAAAGAAAAACUAUUCGCCCCGGCUAGUCCCAAAGGCAUCAAUGGCAUAGACUUCAAGGGAGAGGCCAUCACCUUCAAGGCCACCACAGCGGGCAUCCUGUCCACUUUGUCACAUUGCAUUGAGCUGAUGGUCAAACGUGAGGACAGCUGGCAGAAAAGGCUGGACAAGGAGCUGGAGAAAAGGAGGAGGGUAGAAGAUGCCUACAAGUCUGCUGUGCAUGAACUGAAGAAAAAGUCACACUAUGGAGGCCCGGACUAUGAGGAGGGGCCCAACAGUUUGAUCAAUGAGGAUGAGUUCUUCGAUGCGGUUGAAGCUGCGCUUGACAGACAAGACAAGAUAGAAGAGCAGUGCCAGUCUGAAAAGGUCCGGCUCCCUCGACUGACUCCCGUUCCUCCCGGUGACGUCUACUCAAGCAUCAGCACACACAGAUUCGCUACCAAGGCACGUAGUCAUUGCUCUUCCCUGUCCUCUCUCGAGCUAGUCAGUGCUUCAGAUGACAUUCACAGAUUCAGCACUCAGGUGGAGGAGAUGGUGCAGAAUCAUAUGACGUACUCGCUUCAGGAUGUGGGCGGAGAUGCCAACUGGCAGCUGGUCAUCGAGGAAGGAGAGAUGAAGGUGUACAGAAGAGAAGUGGAAGAGAACGGGAUCGUGUUGGAUCCCCUCAAAGCGACGCAUGCUGUAAAAGGGGUGACAGGACACGAGGUGUGUCACUACUUCUGGGACACUGCAGUGCGCUUGGACUGGGAGACCACCAUUGAAAACUUUAACGUGGUCGAAACACUCUCCGACAAUGCCAUCAUCGUUUAUCAGACACACAAGAGGGUGUGGCCAGCCUCUCAGAGAGACGUGCUCUACCUGUCGGCCAUCAGGAAGAUUCUGGCAACCAAUGAAAAUGAUCCUGACACCUGGUUGGUGUGCAACUUCUCUGUGGACCACGAAAAUGCGGCUCCUUCCAAUCGGUGCGUUCGAGCCAAAAUCAACGUUGCCAUGAUCUGUCAAACUCUAGUCAGUCCACCAGAGGGCGAUAAAGAGAUCAGCAGGGACAACAUCCUGUGUAAAAUCACCUAUGUGGCCAAUGUCAAUCCCGGUGGUUGGGCGCCAGCCUCGGUGCUCAGAGCCGUCGCUAAGAGAGAAUAUCCCAAGUUCCUCAAACGUUUCACCUCCUAUGUCCAGGAGAAGACUUUGGGGAAGGCCAUUCUGUUUUGAGAGGUAACACCCCUGCGAGGUAAAGGCAGAUCCUUCAAAAGACGACAGCAUGCGACAUGUGUCCCACCCAGGACGACCAAGGACCCCCUUGAACACGAGAGACUGCUUGUGUGGCUUGAGUCCAUCAGUAUUUGUCCUUCUAGCUUAACAUCCGUGGGUCCUUUUAUACGUAAGGUUUCUUCCUCAGUGGUUUUCAAAUGAUUGUUAUUCAUGUUUGUGUUUAUUUUGUAGAUUGUUUUGUACAUUUCUUAUGAUUACGUACUUGUUGUCUUUUGGGGCUAACCAAUAGCAUCGACGCUACUUGUUUGCUGCUGCUAAAGAGAGGUGAGUGAGUGAGUAAAUGAGUGAGUGAGUGUUUUUCGCUUUCCGCCCUUCUGUUGACAACCCAGCCCGCGGUCCGAUGGAGGGCGAGCGCCUGAAGCUUUUUUUUGACCGUGUUUCUCUCCGAAAUCUUUAUAUUUGUAUGGCUUCUCCGGAGAGCAACCCGUGGGACACGACGUAUUGUACGGACAAACCACACACGUAGUUUACCAAAGUGACAAAUGUGAAUUGACUGUUAAAACGCUUGAAUUAGAUGUCUCAUUGACAACAGAUGCUAUGUCGCAGCUUACCACCUCGCACCUGGUGGCCAGUUUGGUUGCCGUAGUGGCUCAUGGUGUAAAGAUUCCUCUCUUUAAUCAACAGUUAAGUAGGUUUCUUGAUUUUUAAUGCGUCCCCAGCGACUUUUAGUCAGCCUAAGAAAUGUCUCAAUCAGUUAUUUUUGUCUCCGUGCACAUUGAGUAUAACACUUUGCCUCAAACUUAGCAUUCCAGCGCUACUAUUUCAUUUCGUGUGGCACACUACAGUGCACAGUGACUGAUAAUGAUUAACUACGCCCGGGGAUGCCUUAGACACCAGCAAGAUUCUGGUCAUUGUUACUAUACAACCACCACAUGUGCAUUUAUCAACAGUGACGGCAAGUGAGUGAGUUUUUGUGUGGUUGGGGGUGCGGAUGGGAGGUUCAGCAUUUCACAUCAUGAUCAUACCUCAACAUUCAAAACAACUCUGGGUUGUUUUGCAUUUGUUAAUGUCAUGAAAUUUGAUUUUUUUUUUUUUUUAAAUCUUGUUGUGGCAAUUGCCCUCUAGUUGGCAGAAGUUAAGAAGGAUUUUGGAUGACUAAUUUAUAAGAUCUACGCACCAUGUCCGCCGAAGAAUAUAGCUAUUGUUUUUAAUUUUGAUAACGUGUCACUAAUCCACACACUUUGUACGUGUGUAAGUUGUACAUCAGAAGUGUUAUUAUUUGCACUAAAUGUAACGCAAGUUGACAAUGUCAUGUAAAUUAAAAUUGCUACACAACAGAA